AAACUCUUCCCCAGGGUUUCCAAGUGCUAAUCGAGCGCGAGUGGCUCGACUUCGGCCACAAGUUCGCCGACCGCUGCGGCCACCAGUUCGCGGCGGAGGAACCCAACGAGCGGUCGCCGAUAUUUCUGCAGUGGCUCGAUGUGGUCCACCAGAUGAUGGCUCAGUACCCGUGCAGCUUCGAGUUCAAUGAGGCGUACCUGAUAAAGCUGGCCACGCACGUGCAUUCGUGCAUGUUCGGCACGUUCCUAUGCAACACGCGGCGCGAGCGCGCCGAGUGCCGCGCGCCCGAGCAGCUGGCCCAAGUCUGGCAGUUGUUGAGGGCUCCUGCGUACAGGAACCAUUUGUACGCGCCGCACCCUGCACAGGAGGUGCUAUGGCCGGAGUGCACGGUGCGCGCGAUGCGUCUAUGGGGCGCGUUAUGGGGUGGCGAGCGCGCUGAGCCUCUCGAUGAGCCCUUACCGCCCUCUGCCCCGCCCGCGCCCACCAAGCCGCCAGGCCUAAUGACAAAGACGAGAUCGUGUGACAAUCUCCUAAACGAAGGCGAGAAGAGAACGACCCAACGAAGAUGCAGCGAUCCCAGCAUAGCGCCCGACGUUAUGAAACUGUCGCUCAUAGACGCGUCUUCCUGCGAAUCGAGGCGCGGCUGCCGCGGCCUCACCGACAGCUGCGUCGACGAGCUGCCGCUACAAACACCUGUACAGAACAACGGCGAUCAGGUGGACGGUCUCCAUCCCGACCAUUUUGAAAACAGCACACACUUACCACGCGAUAUCGCGAGCGGAUCGUCAUCCUUAGAACGCGAGUUAGGCGUAGCGGCGGCGGAAAAGACCGACAUCGCCGACUUGGCCGACGGUGACGGCGAAGCGCGAGCGUUGGACGCCGACACGCCGGAGGAAUCGUCGGCGUAUCUCGCAGAGGUGCUGGCUGAGGUCUUGGUGGCUGACACACCAAGAGAAUCCGGAAGAACACGAAACAUAAGCAUCACAUGGCGUUCUAUAUCAGAGUCAAGCAACCAAUCGUCCACCGGCUUCGACAUUGCCGACGCCCACAGACCUGAGGCCACGCCCCCAGACUCCCACGAAGCCUCCCCCAUAGACAACCAUAACUCUACAGAUGGGGACGUGGUCAACCAUAACGUGGUCAACCAUAACGGAGUAAACGGCGUGAAUGGGGUUAACGGGACAGUUAACGGGGUCAGUGAAGAGACGGCCAAGUUUUUGGAAGUGGAAUUGAAUGGAGGCGCUACAUCAAGCAGCGUGUCCUCCGAAAGCGAAGGGGAGGCUGCGGCCACAACGAGGAGAACCGGCGGGAGGAGGCACGGCAGCCAGCUCACGCUGUGCCCAGCCUCCCCUCGGCGCGCCCCUUGCUGCCACAGCACCACCAGCGGUAUAGAAACAUCAGGGGAAUCAGCGACCGCCGACGACGUGUCGUCCUGCUGGUGCGGCCUGGACGCGGAGACCGGCGGCGCGCGUUGUGUUUGUGGGGCCCCGGCCGGCGGCGCGGGGGCCCCGGUGCCUGACCCCCUGGACGGACUGCCCCCCAACGCUGACCCCUUGCAGGAUAGGCUGCACCAGAUCAUAGUGUACCAAAAGAAAGUAGUAUCGGAGUUGACCGGCCAGCUUCGGCAGGCGCGCGAGCUGCUCCGCCGACACACCUCGCCCGGCGCCGCGCCGCCGCCGCCGGAGCCUGCCCAGCGUGGGCGCAGCCACUCGGACUCGGCGUCGAGUGCGAGUGCGAGCGGCAGCGGCAGCGGCAGCGCCUCUGAAGUGGAGGUGGGCGAGGAGGCUCGCGGUGUGGUGUGGCUGCCCGACAGCGCUGCGCCGCGCUGCCAGCACUGCCGCAACCACUUCUGGCUGGCGCGCCGCCGCCACCACUGCAGACGCUGCGGCGGCAUAUUCUGCGGUUCAUGUUCCGAGAUGAGUUCGUGGGGCGACUGCGGCUCGGUCCGCGUGUGCCGCCGCUGCCGCACGGAGCGGUGACGCGCGGGCCCCCCCGUGCCCCCCGCCCCCCUGCGCGCGGUGUGACGUGAGUUCCCAUACGCCCGGCCCGAUUCAGUUUGAUGGUCUAUAUAGACGACAUUGUGGUAGAAGCGAAGGAACUUGCAGAACAUAUGGCCGAUUCAGUGAUGCAUAGGCACUUGCAAACCAUAAGGCCGAUUCAGUUUGUUGCUCUACAUAGACUAUAAAAGGCACUCUCAAACCAUAAGGCCAAUUCAGUUUGUUGGUCUACAUGGAUGAUAUUGCAAUAGAUUCGAAGGCCCUCGAAAGACAAGGGUUGAUUCCACUUGUGCUUUUGUGUGCGGAUACCUACUCGGUCCGAUGUGGAUUGCUAGUGCGGAUAAUGUUGAGAAAACAGUAAUACAGAUGUAAUAUGACUUUGCGUAUUUGUUAAUCUUGUAUACCUGAUAUUGUUGAUGUUAUACCUCAUAAUUAUUAUGUUGUUUGGAAUUAAACUUGUUAAGAGUUUAGAAUUGAACAAUAAUUCGAGAUAAUAACAUAUUCAUUUCGAAUGACAAUAAGCAUUAUUUCACUAACAUGAUGUCACACUUAUUGUAUAGAAGAUUAACCAAUACGCUAACCCAACCUCCAAAUAUUUUUCCACCAAAAGGCUGGACUAAACGAACCCACGUCACACCCACGGCGAUAACUGAUUAGACCGUAAAUUGUUAGAGACAGCGAGCCGUAAACAACGCCUAUACAGCCUAAGGAAGACUUAUAUCUGUACUGAUUCAAACCCCACUCGCGUACGUCACUUGAAGUUAAGGGUGGGUUAAAUAAAAUUUUGUAUUAGGUAUGUAAUUGACAGUUUAAUGUCAAAUGACGUCUGCGAGUGUUGUUAAUCUUAUGAACUGUCAAAUUAUGGAAUAAAGUUCUUUCUUACGCGUUUUCCAGUAGUGGCGUGUUUUGCCUCGCCCAUCGGCUGCCUUCAUUAUGAGAUUUAACUAUACUCUGCAUUGUUAUCAAUGUUUGUCUUUUUGACGUUCAACAGUUUAUUAAUAAUAUUUUAUUUUAUCAAGUGCUACUAAUGCAGCUCUACCAACUAAGAGCAUUCCUCCAGUGUACAAUACCUUUAUUAAUACUUAUAAGCUAUUGAAUGUACAAAAAGACAACAAUAUCGACAUUGGUUAUGAUACCGCGCUAGUGUAUAUACCGGAUACUAGUCAACGCUUUGAUGAACUAACAUGGAACUGUUUUGUAACUGAAUCGACUAAAUAUGCCAAUCGAGAAACAACACUUGUAUAGUCAUCAUUGUCUUUCUUAAGUGAUUGACAGAGACGGAUAUACAAUCGUAUUAUUCCUUAUUGGCAGUAAAAUGUUUAUUUCUAAUAACCGAGUAUUUAUUGAACACGUAUUGAAUAAAAUGUGGGCAAAGAAACUGGUGUAGGCGGAUCCUAGAUAGCUAUAAAGAAUGAUCGUUAUGAUGAAGGCUGAUUUUCUACGCUAAUGUUCGAUUAUUUAAAACUAAUUUGACGUCUUUUAAUUUUUUUUAACGGUCACUAACGCUGGCGACUGUAGACUCGAAGGUUUUUCUGAAAUAUUUCCAGGAAAAAUUUUCCAAUCGUCAUAAAGUUAGGAAAAUCGUAUACGCCUGAAUGAACAACUCAUUUUCAUAGACAAUGCAUUUGAUUGUUGAUUAUGUCGAUUGAAAAAUUUGUUAUAAUUUUAAUAGUAAAUAGUUCAGAAAUAUCAACAUUCUAUAUUAGAAUGUAAUGUUUACCGCCGACCACGCUCGUUCCAUGAAAAGGUUUCAAACGCGAACCUCUGAAUGACAAGACAACUUUGUAUAAAACGCUGUUUUUUGUUUAUUUUAUUUUGUAUUAUAGUGUUUCAUUUGUUCUAUAAUUAUUUUUGUACAGUAACGUUUUGUUUCACACUGUCAGACGGCUCACGUUGGCUGGCGGAAAGAGACAGGUUGUAUAUGGAUCGUCAACGCGUGCGAGGGAGAUAGUUGUAACGUCAGUUGACUUGGGGCUCGGGACUUACUCGUACAAACAGCAACGAAUGUGUUAACUUUGUGAGCCUUAUUUUUAUUGUGAAUAAGGUUGAUUAUGUUGAGCAAUGUCGUGCUUACGAUGUGGUUUGUAUAAAAUACGGCCAUAUGUUAUGUUACUCAGUGAUUUUGAAAGGGAUGUCCGGUUUUCGGUCAAUAUUUUGGGGCUAUUUUAGAAUCUAUGAGUCUCUUAUUUAUUAAGCUUUCAGUAUAAACGGUUUUUAAUUCUGAUCAAUUCUUUUGCUGGCUACAAAAUUUGUGUUCAUUACAAAAUAUUGACCCAAAGUUAGCAUCUCGUUCCACGUUAUUCAAUAUACCACUCACUAAACAUAUAUCAUACAUAUAUCCCAUACAACGGGCACCGAGCUCUGUAUUUUAUUUGUGAUAUUGAUGAUAAUUUUGUAUGAUAGUUAAGAGUUUAAUAACAUGUUGUUAGACGUUAAAUUUUACAGGUGAUUAUUUUAAUAUGCCCUUGCGGUGCGUUGAUUGAGUUGUUGGCUUAUACCAUAAUUGGCGCAGUUUGUUUUCAUCGGUUUUGGACUUUAUGACAAGGGAAUAAAGUUCAAAAUGCGGUGACAAUGAGGUAUAUAGCUUCAAAAUGGGUUGAGAGCCGCGGUCUGUAGGUAUGUAAUGUUACAUACAUAUAAAAUUCCUUUUCUAAUUGUUAUGACGAAUAUUUGUAAUAAUUGUAACUACUUAUUUGGAGACACAUCCAUAUAAUUAUACGUCAUGCUAUUCAAUCUAUCAUAAGUUGAUGAAUUUCUCCAGUGGAUAGACUUAUACCUUUUAUUAAAGUUAAAAUUGUUUGAAAUAAAUUAAAUGUGACAUUUGAAAUUUUAUGAUAGGUUGAUGUGCUGACGGUUUUCACUUUAAUUGUGCUUUUCUUUUAUGUGUAUUGUUUGUAAAAUAAAUUAUAUUUUACAACCAAACCUAUCCAGUAAAUGUUGUGAUUUCGUAACUCGAUAAUUAAUCCAAAAUUAAUUAAUAAAAUGUAAUGUUAAUUGAUUGACUUAUUAUUUACGUUGAAUGAUAUUCUGAUAAUAUGACUGUGUUCUAAUAAUAUUGUAAAACAAUUUAUCGAAAGAAUAUGUUCUUUUGUAAUAUAAGUAUGCAAUAUACUUGAUGCUGCUAUUGAAUAAAUAAACUAAACAUUGUAACUAAUAAUACAAUGAUUAUUAUUGAGUCUAAUUUAAAAAUUAUUAUUCAAGACCGCGGCCAAUGCCUAGAAGCGAAUAAAUUUUGAAUUGUAGAAAAACGUUUGUGUAAUCCAGUUUUUAAUUCUAGACAGUAAAGUGACGUUUUUACUGUAAACGGUACAGAUAUUAUAGAACUAUUUAUAAUGGAUAACAUUUUUGCCGAU